AUGGUCGAAGAGCGGCAUCGCAAACUAUUCAAGCUGUACAAGGAGGAGAGGAACAUUUGCACCGCCAUCGACAUGCAUAGCAGCACGACGACAUCCAACGACGCGUGGGAUAUGCUGCCAAGUGAUUACGACAACCUCCGCGUUUUCAGGGGCCGGUUGGCCUCGGUUCUCGCCAACACGACUGCGGUCGAGUCGGAUUUCUCGAUACUGGGAGCUCGACGAGUUCCGUAG